AUGUCACGCAUGACCGGUUCUUUUGAUUAGCAGGGUCAAGCCCAGUCAGCGAGAGUACAUCUGACUGAGGAACGUACAACAUGUCUUACACACAAGCCCAACUAAAUGACUUUCAGACAAAAUUCGCGCUGUACGACAAGAAAGGUGAUGGCAAGAUAGGUAGCGAAGAACUGGGCGAUGCAUUGCGGGCGACUGGGCUCAAUCCCUCGGCGGAAGAGGUGGCGAAAAUUACCAAAGGUUUUAUCGGAGGUCAGCGCAUCACCUUUGACGAGUUUUUACCGAUACACGCCUCGCUUCGCUCGACAGCUCAGACCAAAGGGACGAUACAAGAGUUCACGGAAGGACUCCAGAUGCUUGACCGAGACCAAAACAACCUCGUCCCCGCGUCUGAACUGUGCCAUGUCCUCACUAGUCUAGGUGAGCAAAUGACGGAGGAGGAGGUAGAAAAGCUGUUGAAGAAAUUCACGGAUGCCAGAGGCAUGGUGAAUUAUCCAGAAUUUGUGAAAAAGGUCAUGACCGGCUAGACUAAGAUGGUGACCUGCACGACUCUACAUUAAGGCUAGAAGUAUAACCAGUUGCCUUGGAGACUGUUUGUUUCUCAUCCGGUAUCGCCCAGACAAAAACAGUCUGCAAUCAGGCGUACUUGUUAGAGUAGCCUCCGUGGCUAUGCUCCACCCUUUCCUUUUUCAAAAGAUCAUUUUAGGAGUUUUUCUAAUUUAGAAGCACCUUCAAAUGUCUCCGUCUAGAUCCGACAUCUCUCUAACCAAUUCAAAAUCAACUCAAGAAAGCGCCAAAGCUGACCGUUCAGAAUCAGGACACAAAGAAUAAUAGGAAGCAACUUUAAAAAAUGAAACCGCAGAGCGGCCAUCCAACCGUGAUGUAGGUCAAAUGACUUCUGUUUUUUGUCAGAAAAUGAUCUGAAUUCUUCCAUAAUCUGAUAUUAGAAACAGUCGAGUAGGUGCUCGUCAUAAUAGUCUGUUUUUGUGGAGUAUUCCCCUAACCGCUUGCAAAUUGCCAAAAAUAGUACCAUAAAUUCGCUUACACUCAUUGGAAAUAUUGGUAUACGUAAUGAAAUUUUUUUUAGAAACAAUGACACUUCAAUAUGCUAGGAUAAAGUGACUAAUAAGCUGAAUUUUUAUAGUAAAUUUUAAGUUUUAUUAUUUUAAAGAAGCGACCAGUCGAAAUCAGUGGCGUAGUGAGGUCGUUUUUGACACAGGGCUCACUUUCAAAAAGGGCGCUCGGCAUCCCUGCUAAGACAGUUUUUUUCGUCGGUCACGCUGCGAUCUUUUAACGGUGGCGCUGUUUAAAGCGUUCAUAAAAUAACAGGCGGCGCUCUUCAUGGGGGACGAUGAGGAUUCUUUUGUACAGGAUGUGUAAAAAGGAGCGCUCUUGGAAAAGAAAACCUAUGGAGAAAGAGGGCAUGUAUACGAAUGCUUGUUGUGGGUUGUUGUCAAUGUCAUGCGACUGAUGGAUUAUAAUCACUUUGGCUGUUCGGUCCUGCAUGGAACCUGUAAAGAUUUUUUUCCAGUAAACAUAACUUUUUGAAAAUAAAACUUGAUAUUUCACACCAA